GUGGGGCAGGACUGCCACUGGCAGGCAAUUUUGAGGUUCCACAGCCUAUCCAAGAAGAUUUUACAAAUAUUAUCCUUUUCCAAGAUACAAUUUGCCAUCACGGGCACUGAAUCAUGCGGUAGAGUUGAGAGUUGCUAGUGGAGGGAACAAGGUUAGCACUCUACGUAUAUGAAUAUCUGCUCCAUGUAGGAGCUCAGAAAUCAGCCCAAACGUUUUUAUCAGAGAUAAGAUGGGAAAAAAACAUCACAUUGGGGGAACCACCAGGAUUCUUACAUUCUUGGUGGUGAAAUUGAAAAGGAAAUAAUGUCGAUACGCAGUUUUUCACGUUUUUCCCCACUGAAGUGUAUUUUGGGAUCUCUACUGUGCAGCUCCAGAGAGACGUGAAACAUGUGAACACUCAAGUGAAGCAAAAGCCUUCCAUGAUUACAGUUAAGGAUGCCACCUGUGGCCUAGUUGCAGAACUGACAAAUUCGUAUGAGAAUUGUCUCGGGUCUCAUCAGCACUGUCUUCAGUCCAACUAAAAGCCCCGAUCCCCAUAAGAAGAAAAAUAGGUCAUCAAUAGUUAAGAAGAUUUUUAGAGUGCUGCAGCAGCUCCCAGUCCAGUGCUAGGAAACAUUCCCCCAGGAGAUGGCAUGCCAGUAGGUCCUGUACCACCAGGGUUCUUUCAGCCUUUUAUGUCACCUCGGUACCCUGGAGGUCCAAGGCCCCCAUUGAGGAUACCUAAUCAGGCACUUGGAGGUGUCCCAGGAAGUCAGCCAUUACUCCCCAGUGGAAUGGAUCCAACUCGACAACAAGGACAUCCAAAUAUGGGUGGGCCAAUGCAGAGAAUGACUCCUCCAAGAGGAAUGGUGCCCUUAGGACCACAGUCUGACCCUUGGUUAUCAUUACAGAACUAUGGAGGUGCAAUGAGACCCCCACUGAAUGCUUUAGGUGGCCCUGGAAUGCCUGGAAUGAACAUGGGUCCAGGUGGUGGUAGACCUUGGCCAAACCCAACAAAUGCCAAUUCAAUACCAUACUCCUCAGCAUCUCCUGGGAAUUAUGUAGGUCCUCCAGGAGGUGGAGGGCCACCAGGAACACCCAUCAUGCCUAGUCCAGCAGAUUCAACCAACUCUGGCGAUAACAUGUAUACUUUAAUGAAUGCAGUACCUCCUGGACCUAACAGACCUAAUUUUCCAAUGGGCCCUGGGUCAGAUGGUCCCAUGGGUGGAUUAGGAGGAAUGGAGUCACAUCACAUGAAUGGCUCUUUAGGCUCAGGAGAUAUGGACAGUAUUUCCAAGAAUUCUCCCAACAAUAUGAGCCUGAGUAAUCAACCGGGCACUCCAAGGGAUGAUGGCGAAAUGGGGGGAAAUUUCUUAAAUCCUUUUCAGAGUGAGAGUUACUCCCCUAGCAUGACAAUGAGCGUGUGAUCCAUUACCAAGUCUCCUCAUGAAAAACCACAGUGAGUCAGCCCUUCACAGAACUACUACGGAAGAAAAUUAUUCAUCACAGUGUACAGUUAAACAAAGGAAUCUCAGUCACACCAAACCAACCUUUUUAUUUCCUGCUCUCUCCCCUCUUUUGUGAAGAAAGCGGGUCCAAACGUGAUUCAAACAACUGUACGGAGUGGCAUAUUAGAAUUGCCCUAAACUGAACUGCAAAUAAUUAUGUGUGUAUGUAUAUGUGUGGGAAAGAGAAUGUACUGUAUAUGUGUAUGUUAUACAGACAUAUACACAUACAUACAUUGACCCACAGGACAUUGUAAAAUAUUAUCACAUGACAUCUUAAGUAGAAAUAAGUAGGGACUUUUAUUCCAUCCUUUUUUUCACGUUUACAUUUUAAUUAUUACAAGUUGCUCCUGCCCCCUCCCUGAACUAUUUUGUGCUGUGUAUAUCACUGCUUUAUAUAAGUUAUUUUUUAAGGUGAACUCAGAUGUUAUGGUUUUGUAAAUGUCUGCAAUCAUGGAUAGGAAUAAAAUCGCUUAUUUGAGAGCUUUCAUUAAA